CUCGAGGUCGAGUCCAAAUAAGUAUAGACCUUAUGUAUUGCAAGAUCAUGAAAUUUUGAACAGAUUAAAAUACCAGAUGAGGUAAAAGAGAUGCUGACACCAUUUAAUGAGUUUUACGGAAUUAGUGCAAGUGUUUCUCUGUCUUCUCGAUUUGAUGCAAUGUUUGAAGUGCACCCUGCUCAUACAACAUUUGAAUCCCUUAAGAAAUGGCGAGAUGACAGCAUAGACCUUUUCAAGAGGUUCAUUGGCCUGAAGGCAUAUAAAGAUGCUCUAAUUGCAUUGCCCAAAAUGUUCGAAGCUGUACAACAGGUCCAUGGAAUCCCGUUUGGAUCAUACUUUGAGGUACAUGCCAACAUGAGGGGAAACUCUGCAGAGGAAGUAGCUGAGCGCGUAUUGAGCCGAAAUUCCUUAUCAGGGUUGCAGGGGCCCGCAGUAAGUCCAGUAUUUUGCAAACGGAAUGGCCAAGUAACUGCAGAUUACUAUGCAAUAGUCAUAUGUGUACCGAAGAAGGCAUUUAUGAGUCUGUGCAGCAGCUGCGGGAGGUGAGAUUCAUGUACCAUAUAUCAUUAUAUUCUUGUAAAAGAUAUAAAGCCACACACAUGCACUCUUUUUAUAAUUUGGCAAAGAUUCCACCCUUUUAAUCCUUCUUGUCCCAAAUUAUUUGUCAUUUUAGGAAAUUUCUAAAAUUUCACACAAGGAAAAGGACUAAUCUACUCUGCUUUUUAAUAUCUUUUAGGUCUCUUCGUCAUUGAUAUAUGUUAUUUCUACAUAUAAGCAUCUCAAAUCAUGUGGCAUCAAUCAAAAAAAUAAUAUACAAUGUAUGUU